UGCAGCGACUCGGCAGAGAUCAGCAGGUCUGCAGGAUCUGCGCUCCUGCUCCACUUCAGCGGGGAAUCACGGACUGAUCUAAUGCUCUGUAUUACAUCCUGGUUAUUUUCAGUUCAGUACGGCGCCACAUUUUUAGGACGGAGCUUUUAUUUAGAAUAUGUUUUAUAUUUGCAUUCGGGGCGCCAAUGACUGAAAUUUCGUCGCUCGAUAGUGUCCACUUUACCCUGCAGUAGUGGCAUCCGUGGAGAUCGGGGGAUCAUGUAAUCUCAUGACUUCUGAUAGAUCCUCCCAGUAAUGACCAGCGCUAUUUAUGCUGCUUAGAAUUAGCAGGCAUCGGACCACCGUAGCAAGAAGGAUUGCGCUUGGGAAUACAACUGCGCUGAGUAACAGAGCAGACCCUUGGUGGCCAGUGCCAGCUCUGGCUGCCGCGAUGCCCUUUCUGGAGGAAAACUCUCUGCUUGGAGAGCACCCCGUCACUCUGCCAGUGGUCAUCAUCGGGAAUGGACCAUCCGGAAUAUGCUUAUCCUAUUUGCUCAGCGGCUAUACACCUUACCUGGACCCUGCAGCAGUUCAUCCAAAUCCAGUCCUCUACAGAAAACUGCAGGAAUCAAAGUACCUUGCCGUCAUUGAGCAGGACUUAGAGUACCUGAACGAAGGCCUGGAGGGUCGCUCCACCAACCCGGUGGCUGUCUUGUUUGACACACUGCUGCACCCCAAUGCAGACGCGGGCUACGAUUUACCCUCCGUACUCCAGUGGAGGUUGGAGACCCAGCACCACAUUCCCCACUUGGUUCUGGGUCGAGCUGCGCCUGGGGGUGCCUGGAAUGCAAUGGAGGGAUCCAUGUUGACAAUCAGCCUGGGAAUCUGGAUGGAGCUCCCUGGGGUAAACUAUAGAGAUGUAGCCACAGGGAAGCGAAGGGGAAAGGCAAACGCCAGAGCCACGUCAGAAGAGGUUUCCUCCUACUACAGAAACUAUGUGAAGCUCAUGGGUCUCCAGAAGAAUUUUGUGGACAAUGUAUAUGUGACCUCUGUACGGAAGCUUCACAGGGAGCAGGAGGGAGACUUGGUUGAUGGAGAAAUGGAGGUGCGAGUGAAAGGUGGUGCCCCCAGCGUGCCACCCAAGGCUCUCUGGGAAGUCAGGGGCUACCAGAGUGUUCAAGGGGACUCCCAUAUGCCGUUUAGCAUCUUCGCAGAAAAUGUGGUUCUGGCCACCGGUGCCUCUGACUCUCCAGCCAGACUGGGAGUGGAAGGGGAGAACUUGCCGUUUGUCUUCCACAGCAUUUGUGCCCUGGGGGUAGCCAUCAGAGAGCGUAGCCUCGGCCGGGAGUCGGAUCCAGUGCUGCUCGUGGGCGCAGGGUUGAGUGCGGCCGAUGCCGCGCUGUUCGCCUCCAGCAGCGGGGUCACCGUGCUGCACGCCUUCAGGAAGCGUGUGGAUGACCCGGGGAUGAUCUUCAAGCAGCUGCCCAAGACGAUGUACCCUGAAUAUCACAAGGUCUAUCACAUGAUGUGCUCACAGAGCCACACUGCCGCUGCCUCCGGCCUGUUCCCAGACUACACCAGUUUCCCUGAGCACUGUGUUGUCUCCUUUCAGCCUGAUGUAAAAUGCGUGCUGAGGAAUGGCAACAAUUUGAAGACCUUUAAGAUCUCCAUGGCCUUGGUGCUCAUUGGCACCAAUCCCAACCUGUUUUUCCUUAAAGAUCAAGGCCAGUAUCUCGGCCUUGAUCCCCACAAGCCUAUUUCCUGCAAGCAGAACCCCAUUGACAUCCACCCCUACACAUUUGAGUGUGUGAAAGAGGCUAGCCUGUUUGCCAUGGGUCCUCUGGUUGGUGACAAUUUUGUACGCUUCCUGAAGGGCGGCGCUCUUGGCAUUGCCAGCUGCCUGAGAAGACAAAAGAAGAAAGGGAAGCUGAUUGCUGAUAGUGGAGGUGGGGGGAUAGCUUAAAUAUGGGGGUGGGCAGGGAAUGCGAGAAUGGGACAAGAGUCUGUGCCAUACUUGCUGUCUGUAUGCAGUGCAGCCUUCUGUUUUUUUAAGUGUGCAACAUGCUUAAAACUUGAAAGUGUACAAGUGACUGUAGACCAGAGAUGCACACGGCAAAUUCUCAGUGAUCAAUCUACUGUACUGUGAAUGAUAAAGGUACAAGGCUGGGUCUGAGGGUUCAGAUAAUUAGAUUUUAUUCAUCCUGAUAUCUCAGAAGCUUCUCUGUUGAACACCACCGACAGAUAAAUCUUUGUUUAGGGACCAGAGAGCCGAAUGAAGUUACAUAAAUUUUGUCUCAUUGGAUUCAUUUAAGCGACUCAAAAGACUCAGCAGUGCCAACCUCAAUGCCCAGUUUUACCAAACGACCCAAAGUUUUGUUGAUGUUUUCUAAUGGCCCGACACCGGGCCUCAUGACAGUUAAGAGGCCUCCUAUGCAAGUCUGUAUUUUAAAAAAGGAUGUAUGUUAAAUGUAUGUUAAUGAUUGGGAAAGUACACAGGAAUAUCCUUCUGUAAAUUAUGAUGUUCGCAUUUCUCUGCUGUGCCAAAAUCCUGAACGGAGGAUGUACAAUCUUUUAUUUAAAAAACCUUAAUACAAACAGGUUGUGCUCCCUAUGUGCAAGGACGCCUCUGCCGUCCUUGGCCAGUCCCUGCCUGCUAUCCACCGAAUUCAAGCAACAAAUGCCAACAUUAGUAUAGAAAAACAGAGUUCUGUAUCAACUGUCUACAGCUGGGGAUGUUUGCUCCUGAUUUAGGAAAGCGCUUGUAUCUUCUUUUUUUUUUAUUUUAGUGUACAAUAUCCAGUAUUGGUGUACCCAAUUUCCAGCCCAGUUAUCACAACCAACCAGUUCAGUAGGGCAAGAGAUUUAAUUAGUUCCAUUAGGGAAAUUAUUUAACAGACUAUUUCCUUGGUCAUCGGUUGUCAAAACCCGUAGAUUCCAGCCCCUUCCGUCUGUCGUUUUCACCUGUGACAAACCUGAUUUCGAUGAGAAGACGACGCACUGUGCUUGGGGUCAUGUUGGCCCCGACAUUGGGGGCGACAGACCCUUCAGGACGGGACUGAACCACGUUUCCUAACCUAAGCUGUGCAAAUUGAUAACAGCAUGUUUAUUUAAAUCCCAGCAAGUUGAAUAUGAUGUAACAUUAAACACAAAUGAGGUAUUAAUGUUUUGUACACAGUACUUUUUUUAUUAUGAACAAAUAAAAUGUUUUAAAAAGUA